AUGCUGACUCAACGUUAUAAUACACUCUUAAGAAUCAAUGCCCAAAGAAGAAUUUUAUUGACUGGAACUCCAUUACAAAAUAGCUUAUUGGAGUUGAUGACACUGCUUUGUUUUGUUACACCCAAGCUUUUUGAAAACAAGACCGAAGACAUUAAGGCAUUAUUCUCGAAAAAGGCACCAAAACUUGAUGACGGCUCCGAACAAAGUAAUGAUUUUGAACAAGCUCAAAUUCAACGAGCCAAAAAUAUUAUGAAACCAUUUAUUCUUGGGCGUCUGAAAAAGGACGUUCUCUCAUUCUUGUCGAAAAAGACAGAAGUUAUGAAAAAAGUUCCACUUUUGCCUGAUCAAGCUGAAAAAUAUCAAUAUGUGAUAGACGAAUAUAAAAAUAUUGAUCCAACAACUGACUCUUACAUAGUGAUGCACGAUUACAUGAUAUCUCUAGAGUUUUAG